CAGCAUAUGUGCAAUAUCAAAUUAAAUAAUUGUUCAGCAUCCGCAUCAAUAUUCAAUAUCUAUGAAAUUGUAAAAACUUUCCUACAAAAAGUGCAACGCAAUUGUGCGAGUAGUUGGUCUAAAGGAGACGCGUUGCCAACUUGCCUCCAGCUGUUUUGUGGCAUUGCGAGCUAUCGGUGGCAACACUCUUCGUCACAACACGCACACAGGGACGCACACAAACCAAAGCGGCCACUCUGUCUACGCUGCCUGCUUUAGGUUUUUCAAUUUUUUAUUUUUGGUGAAAAUGUGAAGUAGUUAAAAAACGCAAUAUAAAUUAUAAAACAACGGAGCACAGGUGCUGGCAGGCAGGUUGGUUUCGACAAAGAGAAGCCAACAAUAAUUGGCAGCCGGCAAGAGCCUCGUAAACGACAGAAUUGGCCCAGUGGCCCCAUACACACACACACGAGCAAAUCGCUUGCGUAUGCCUGUGCCUGCUGCAGAUCCUCCAGGUACUGUCACUGUCAACUCUAACCGAGGCACAGGUGCAGCUGCUGCAGCAUGUCUCAACAACGGGAACGAGGUUCCGGGCCAUUGCCCAACCGCUGGCUGUAUUGUCCACGAAAAAGCGACUCAAUUAUUGCCGAACGUUUCCUCGCUUUCAAAACGCCACUCAGCAAGGCCUUCCAGGACAAAAUGCCCAUUGAGUGCACAUUUCUGCCCGAGAUGCUGUUCGACUAUUGCAAAACAUUGAAGCUGAAGCUGGGUAUGUGGGUGGAUUUGACGAACACAAAGCGUUUCUAUGAUCGUGCUACGGUAGAGGGGCGAGGCGCCCAAUACAUAAAACUGCAGUGUCGGGGGCACGGCGAGACGCCAUCUCCGGAACAAACGCACGCCUUUAUCGAAAUUGUCGACAACUUUAUCAACGAACGUCCCUUCGAUGUGAUUGCAGUGCACUGUACACAUGGCUUCAAUCGAACUGGAUUUCUCAUAGUCUCCUAUAUGGUGGAACGUCUGGACUGCUCUGUGGAGGCUGCCAUGGCCAUAUUUGCCAAUGCCCGCCCACCUGGCAUUUAUAAACAAGACUACAUCAAUGAACUCUUCCGUCGUUACGAGGACGAAGAAUACGCACCACAGGCGCCGGAGCAACCCCACUGGUGUUUAGAGUACGAUGAUAGCAAUGGAAAUGCGCAGGAAAGUAGCAGAAAGCGUCAAUACGAUGACGAUACCUCGUCCACAUCUCAAGCGGCAUCAUCUGCGGGCACGUCCAGCGCAAACGCCGCAUCCACCCUCGAGGAUGAUGACGACCUGGAAGGUGAAGAAGCAGGUGAUGGAAGCAAUGCCGAUGGUUCUACAGCGAAACGAAAGCGACGUCGCGAAAUGGUCGUUAAGAACGCCGCCUUCAUGUCUGGUGUGCCUGGCGUGCGUCAAGUGACGGAUCAGCCGCGUCUCUCCGAUCUGCAGUAUAAGGUGCAGGAGUGGUGUAACUGGAACAAACAUGGCUUCCCAGGCGCACAGCCAAUCAGUAUGGACAGGCACAAUAUUAAGCGACUGCACGAGAUGCCAUAUCGUGUUUCCUGGAAAGCAGACGGCACACGUUACAUGAUGCUCAUAAACAAGCGAGACGAGAUAUUCUUUUUCGAUCGUAAUCACUCGUGCUUUCAGGUCGAGGGCAUUACUUUUGUGCGUCUCAACAAUCUGAACGAGCAUCUUGAAAAUACUUUACUUGAUGGCGAAAUGGUGCUGGAUAAGGUUGGGGACUCGUACACGCCGCGAUAUCUCGUUUAUGAUAUUGUGCGUCUGAACAACCACGAUGUGAGCCAAACGCACUUCUUCCCCAAUCGCUUAAACUACAUCAAGAAGGAGGUCAUCGAGCCGCGCUACCAGGCCAUGAAGCACGGCAUCAUAAAUCGUGGGUUGGAGCCGUUUAGUGUGCGCAACAAGGACUUCUGGGAAAUCAACGUAACCGCCUCACUGCUGGGCGAGAAGUUCUCCCGAUCGCUAGCCCAUGAACCGGAUGGCCUCAUCUUUCAGCCAUCGCAACAGCCCUACAAAGCCGGCGUCUGCAGCGAUGUCUUUAAAUGGAAGCCACACGAACUUAACUCUGUCGAUUUUCGUCUUAAAAUUAUCACAGAGAGUGGCGAGGGUCUCCUCACAAAAAAAGUAGGAUUCUUAUAUGUUGGCGGCCAUGAUGUACCCUUCGGCCAUCUUCAGAAGCUCACAAAGGAUAUACGUGAAUUGGACAACAAGAUCGUAGAGUGUACGAUGAAUUUACGCGGCAAUUGGGAGUUCAUGAGGGAGCGUACGGACAAAAAAUUACCCAACAGCUAUAACACGGCCAUGGCUGUCGUCGAAAGCAUAAAACAUCCGAUCACCAAGGAAAUUCUGCUGGACUAUAUAUCAACUUAUGGCUAUCGUGACGAUCAUGACAUGAUGCCCCCGCCUCCAAACGCAACGCAGCGCAGACAGUGAUAUAUAGAAGCAUAUAAUCGAGAAGAGAGCGCAAGAAACAGAGGAUGAACAGAGAGAGAGACACACACACUCUUAGGAAAUUAAUAAAGAAAUAAUAAUUAUUAUUAUGUCACAA